AUGUUCUCAUCUUCAUCUUCUGCACCCCAAACCGCUGGCCGACUCGAUGGCAAGGUGGCCGUCGUCACCGGCAGCUCCCGAGGCAUCGGCGCCGCCAUCGCCAAGAAGCUCGCCGCCGACGGCGCCAAAGUCGUCGUCAACUACGUCCAGGAUGGUGAGGCGGCCAAGGCCGUGGUGGCCCACAUCGAAGAGGCCGGAGGCUCGGCCUUUGCCUUCCGCGCCAACGUCGCGGUGCAGGCAGAGGUCGAGUCGCUCGUGGCCGCCGCCAUCGACAAGUGGGGCCGCCUCGACGUCUUCGUCAACAACUCGGCCGUGUCUGGUACCCCUGCGCCGAUCGAGCGCGAGACCGAGGCCCAAGUGGACCUGCUCACCGCCAUCAACUUCAAGGGCACCCUGUGGGGCAUCCAGGCCGCAGCCAAGGUGCUCCAGUCCGGCGGCUCCAUCAUCAACAUAUCGAGCCGGGCCGCCACUCUGGCCUUCCCGAACUUCGGGGUCUACGCGGGGCUCAAGUCGGCCGUCGACACCCUUACUCGCACGGCGGCGGCGGAGCUCGGCCCGCGCGGCAUCAGGGUCAACGCCGUGUCGCCGGGCGUGGUUGAAACGGACAUGGCAGCGGGCGCGAUGACGGACGAGCUGCGGGCGAUGGUGAAGCAGCAGACGCCGCUGGAGCACCGUACCGGCCGGCCGGAGGAGAUCGCCAACGUGGUGGCGUUCCUGGCCAGCGACGAGGCCAGCUGGGUCACGGCCCAGGUCAUCAGCCUCGCCGGCGGCUUCUGA